AUGAAAUUAAAAGAAGAUUUUAGCGCUUGGUGUCUUGAGUCUGCAGCUUUAAAAGAUGAAGCUAAACCAUGGUUUGAAAGUGUUCAGUUGGCCAGAAGGCCUUUAGUUUCAAUAAAUCGACUAAGAAGUGGCCACACGUCUCUUAAGGCUAGUCUAUCUAAACUUAAUAUUGUAUCGUCCUCAAGAUGCCCGUGCGAUAUGGAUGAGGAGACCCCGGAUCAUAUUUUUUGGAUUUGUCCUCGUUUUGUAUCUCAGAGAAAGAAAUUAAGAAAAGCACUCCAAAAAGUCUCAAAGUCUUAUCCUGAUAACGUCGAAACCUUACUAAAUAGGAUAGAUAAUGUUGCAAAUACGACAGAUGGCACUCGCUGUCUUAGACGUAGUGAAACUUUUGGGAAAACCCCGCAACCUAGGUCUAGACCUUUUAGCUAUUAG